CUCCCGGCCCCGCCCGCCGCACGCACGCGCACUGAGCCCAGCAUGAGGGUCGCGGCUCUGAUCAGUGGUGGGAAGGAUAGCUCUUAUAAUAUGAUGCAGUGCAUUGCUGCUGGGCAUCAGAUUGUUGCUUUAGCAAAUCUGAGACCAGCUGAAAACCAAGUGGGGGCAGAUGAACUGGAUAGCUACAUGUAUCAGACAGUGGGUCAUCACGCUAUUGAUUUGUAUGCGGAAGCAAUGGCUCUUCCCCUCUACCGCCGCACCAUUAGAGGAAGGAGUGUGGAUACAGGACGAGUGUAUACCAAAUGCGAAGGUGAUGAGGUCGAAGAUCUCUAUGAGCUUUUGAAACUUGUUAAGGAAAAAGAAGAAGUAGAGGGGAUAUCAGUAGGUGCUAUACUUUCUGACUAUCAGCGUGUUCGAGUAGAAAAUGUGUGUAAAAGGCUUAAUCUCCAGCCUUUAGCUUACCUUUGGCAGAGAAACCAGGAAGAUUUGCUCCGAGAGAUGAUAUCGUCUAAUAUUCAAGCAAUCAUCAUUAAAGUAGCAGCUUUGGGUUUAGAUCCAGAUAAGCAUCUUGGAAAAACCCUGGAUCAAAUGGAACCUUAUCUCUUAGAGCUUUCUAAGAAGUAUGGAGUCCAUGUUUGUGGAGAAGGAGGAGAGUAUGAAACAUUCACUUUGGAUUGCCCUCUAUUUAAGAAGAAAAUAAUUGUGGAUUCAUCAGAAGUGGUCACACAUUCAGCUGAUGCAUUUGCACCUGUUGCUUAUCUACGCUUUUUGGAAUUGCACUUGGAGGACAAGGUGUCCACGGCGCCUGACAACUACAGAACAUCUAAUUAUAUACAUAAUUCUUGAAGAACAUUUUGAACAUUGUUUACUAAGCUGCCAUUUCUAUAUGAAAAAAACUACACAACAUUUUCUCAACUAUUAUAUCCAGCUCAUUCUCUGCAUUUUUUAUUAGAAAUAUAUAUCUUUAUCAGAAGAAGUUAGUAGGAACAUUGAUUAAUUGGGGAAAUGUGAAAGCCUCAUUCAUUAUUAUUGGUGACUUCCUCAGGAUUCACUUUCUCUGACUUUAGUUACCAUGUCCUAUCCAUGACCUGUACAUAGUAUGUGGUCUUUUUUCCCCUUUUACUUCAUCUCCAACUCUCAUUUCUGUAACAUUUAUCUUCUUUCAUCCCAUUGUUUUAUUUUUCUCCUUUUCUCUUUCUUGCUUUCAUUUCUGCCAGUUGUCUAAUGAUGCAGAGCAUUUGAAAAUCAGAAUGAAAAGGCAGUUUACUUAGCCAAUCAAGUUUAUUCUACUGGAUAUUACGGGCAUGCCUUGUCAUUUUUUGUUUCGAUAUAGUAUUCAUUUUAUCAACAGUAUUGGACAAUCAGGAAGAAUAUCAUUAGAUCUGAGUAUUUUAUAACAAUGAAUAAUGCAAUUUUUAUAUCCAA